AACCAACCCCUUACAGUUUUUAAAUAAUUCUUUACAUUUCCGAUUACUCUAAAAAAAAAAAACCCAAACAUAUAAAAGCAGACCAUAUUUUGUAUUGGGCAGUUAUAUGCACUGAUAUGAAAAUUAAUUAAGGCAUUUUAGAAUUUACAGAUACAUGUAUAUGGGUGUGUAUGUGUGUGUGUGUGGUUGGUUGGCUGGAGGAGGAGAUCGAGAUACACACUGAGAGAUUGAGGUUUACACUGUACAAUGACAAUUCACUAAUAGAGUCAUUAACUAAACUGAUGUCAGAUACUCCCUCUAGUGUCGGAAUCUUACACCUUGUGCACUGGAUCCCUUCAUUUUCCAUUCAGGAGACCUGAUAGAAUAUCUUGUCCAGUCUUAUGUUGGAUAACAGCGAUGAUGAGGAGAAUGAUGAAUCAUCAUCCCUUCUCCCGAAGAAGAAAGCACAUCAGAACAACUUAUUAGAAGACAGAAAAUCACCACAUCCCAACUAUUCAAAUUAUGUCUCCUUACCAGACUCUGGUCAUUCGACACCCACAACUGAUGUGAAUAGUAAAGAUGAACAAAUUGACAGUAGUAAUUUUGACACUGCAUCAGAAACUCAUGGAUUCUCAUUCUUUGCAUUACCAAGAAAACAAAAAGCAAUCCUCUGUAGCAUUUGCAUGGCAGACUUUUUGUCCUACCUCAGCUUGUCAUUGCUGGCACCAUUUUUCCCACAAGAGGCAGCUGCUAAGGGUGUCAGUGAUGCCAUAUCAGGAUGGAUAUUUGGAGUGUUUGCAUUAAGUCAGGUUGUGUUCUCUCCACUCUUUGGAAAAUUGCUUCCACAUGUGGGAAUUAAAUUCAUGUAUUUGUCAGGAUUAUUCAUAAGCGGAGGGUGCACACUUCUAUUUGGUGCUCUGGCCUAUGUCCCUGUGGACAACGGUCCAAUGACAUUUGUGUUUCUGUGUUUCCUGCUCCGAAUAGUCCUAUCUGUUGGAUGCACAGCUCUCAAUACUGCAUGCUUCACACUUUGUGCCAAAGAAUUCCCAGACCAUAUUGCCACGGUGUUUGGAAUUGGGGAAGUGUUUGUUGGAGUGGGCUUCAUGUCUGGACCAGCAAUUGCGGGAGUUCUCUAUGGAUUGGGUGGUUUCUUUACGCCUUUCCUGGUGAUUGGCAUCAUCCUACUCAUCUGUGUGCCGGUGAACUGGAUAAUUCUACCUCCCGAUGAAGAUUUUCAGCGUUCAGAAUCAAACACCAGUAGUUUUGUACUUCUGAAAUCUCCCUCUAUCAUCAUAGCAUCCUUUGCAAUCAUCGUAGCAUCUUUAAUUUGGUCAAUUCUCGACCCAACACUGGAACCUCAUUUACGUGAGUUUGACCUUGGACCAGAGUUAAUUGGGGUACUGUUCCUGGUAAUGUCUGCAUUUUAUGCCAUGUCGUCACCAAUCUGGGGCUGGAUUGCAGAUAGAUGUCCAGACAACAGACUCCUGAUGAUUCCUGGCUUUCUCUUAUCUGCUGUGGGCAUGUUUCUUUUGGGACCCUCUUCACUUAUAGGUUUUCCAGAGGAUUACAAUCAGUUGUGGCUAAACAUUGUCGCCUUAAUCAUACUUGGAGUGUCAGCAAGUUUGGCAUUAAUUCCAACUUUUGACAUCUACAUCUACUUUGCAGAAGAAUUAGGUUUUGAGGAAGAUGUCAACACUUACAGCUUAGUGGCAGGAUUGUGGGGAUCCAUGUACGCUUUUGGAGAUUUUCUGGGACCCACCCUUGGUGGCACUUUGCUGGAUGUGGUGGGAUUUCAAUGGUGCUGCACUAUCACCGCUUUUUCUUGUCUUGCAAUGAUUCCUCUGCUCUUUUUCAAUUAUAUUUUUGACCGAUGCAAGAAAAAUAGGAAUGUGAAGCCAACAACGAUUGGCCAGCCAGAGGAGCAGACAACAUUGCUAGGAGACAGCGUUAGGGAGGAUAUACGUGGGGAUUACAUGGCAUCCUACCCACCCCUAACAGCCACACAGGUCUGAGGUCAAAGGGCAAUAUCCAAUUUGGGAAGACCAAAACAUUUCAGGGUAAUGGUGGCCAAAGGCCAACAGACUCAAGAAUGAUAUAUUUCAUCAGAAAUAUUUAUAAUUCAUAGGUUGAUUAAUGAAUGUAUUAAACCACCGAUUUGCCAAAUAGUACCAAUUCUCUAGUGGUACUUUAAAGUGACUGACUAGUGUUAGUAAGUCAAAACUGGUUGUAAUUUAUUUCAAAAGAAUAUAUUUUUGUAUUCAUUAUUGUAGUAUUACUGUAUUACUUGCAGUUUGUCUGUGAUACAUUCCUUGUGUAGAUAGUUUUUUGCAAUCAAAAUGUUUCAAGCCAUUUCUUCUGAUCAAAUUUUAGAUUAUUUAUACAUAACCUUGUGCUAAUUAUCUAUUUAAAAAAUAUUUUUCGUAUAAUUUCUUAAACAUGCAGUAACAUAAUUUCAAUUUUUGGAUAGAUUUAUAGAUUUCCACCGUACAUGUAUAUAGUACAUGUGUAUAACAAAGCAAAUCUAAUUAGAUGCGUGUUCAAUCAGUAUAUUUUCAAGCCAAUUCUUAUACACAUUUUAUUCACACAUAAUGACAUUUUUAAAUGUGUUACUGAUUUUUUAAUGUCUUCCAUCAAUGUAUAUUUUUAUAUUUAUGCCAAAGUGAAAUAGUAGUUCAAUUCAACAAUGUGCCAUUGUUUACUUUGUUUUAAUUGUUGUACUAUAUGUAUAUGAAAAAUGUAAAGAAUUAAAUUUUUAUGUUCAGCAUUAAACUGUUUAUGAGGGAGA